AUGUGUAUCUUAUUUGCAACUACAGGGCACCCCGAUUAUAAGCUCAUCGUAAUAUCUAAUCGAGAUGAAUUUUUCGAACGGAAGACUCAUUCCACAUGCUGGAAUCACGAUAAUUUUAUACUAUCACCAUAUGACUUAGCAGUUGAGAGAGAAAAGCAUGGGUAUGGGACCUGGCUAGGCAUCAACAAACGAGGCAAAAUAGCUGUAAUACUAAAUUCCAAGCUGAAUCAGAGCCAAGAGCAUGCAAAAGAAACAGCAAGGAAACGCCUUCGGUCAAGAGGUAUUGUCCCCAUCAAGUUUUUGGAAAAGGAAGAAGACGGUACAUCUUUUGAGGACUGGGAUUCUUGGGAUAAAUUCAACUCGCAUCAUAAUUAUUUAGAGCAUACUGGACCUUUCACGCUGUUCUAUGGCGAUAUCAAAUCAGAAAAGUUCAAUGUUAUCGACUACUUGAAACAUUCGACGAAUCCUUUCAAUGAUAAUAAACACAUGGUGGUCUCUAAUGAUAUAUUUUAUUGUUCAGAGGGCUUGCAUAAUGCCAGGUGGAAUAAAACUAAACAGGGUUAUGAACUUUUAGACAAAUUAGUGAGGAGUACUCAUGGUAUCUCAAGAGAAAGUUUGGUCGAAAAGUGUUUUGAACUCGCUUCUAAUAGCCAUUAUAAUGACGAAGCAAACAUAGAUGAAAUUACAAUGUCUAAUGUUUAUGUCCCACCUUUAAAAGUGGUGGAAAAUCCGGAUGCUAUAUGUACUUCAAUACCGAUUGGAAAGUACUAUGGAACAAGAUCACAGAUCGUUAUUCUAGUUGACAAGGAAAACAAUGUAACAUUCGAAGAGCAUGUGCUUUUUGAAUCAGAUAGCGACCAGGUGCAUUAUUCCGCAAAUAAACCAAAAGAAAUUAUCAAGUUUCAAUUCAAAAUCGAAGAAUGA